AUGAACCCGGCACAGGCACCGGUGACCUUCAAGGAUGUGCUUGUGACUUUCACCCAGGAGGAGUGGGAAUUAUUAGACCUGCCCCAGAGGACACUGUACUGGAAGGUGAUGACAGAGACCUGCAGGCUUCUUGUCUCACUGGAUGACAAAGCAAAAGCCAAUACCACAGAGCCUUCUGCUUCUCAACCAGCCUUGUUUGAGAGAUGCUCACCCCACACGUUACUGACUGAGGAAGACUCCAGUGUUUCCACGUUGGGAGAAGCCAGGGAACAAGAAGGACCAUCAGAAAAACAGGGAGGGCACAUAAGGACAGGGACAGACCCCUAUAAGGAAUCCCUCCCUAGAAAGGUUAACCCUGAAUGUGAUGAUUUGGGAACAAGUAAAAAUCUUCCCACAAAGGAUUUAUGGGAGCAAGACUCUCCAGGAGAUGCUCUCCAUGAGUGUGAACCACAUAGAUCAAGAAGAGACCCCUUGAUUCAUGGAGGGAAGAACCCCUACAAAUGCAAGGAAUGUGGGAAAGAGUUUAUCAAGAAUCACUUCCUCCUUCAACAUCAGUGGAUUCACACUAGAGUAAAAUCCUAUAAAUGCAAAAAGUGUGGGAAGGUCUUUCUCAGGAAGGCAGAUCUCACUGGACACUACAGCAUUCACAUUAAGAAGAAGCUCUAUGAGUGCAUUGAGUGUGAGAAGGCCUUCAGCCGCAGGUCACACCUCACAGAACACCAGCGGAUUCACACUGGGGAGAAACCCUAUGAGUGCAACGAAUGCAGGAAGGCCUUCAGCCGCAGGUCACACCUCACGGAGCACCAGCGGAUUCACAGUGGAGAGAAGCCUUAUGUGUGCAAUGAAUGUGGAAGGGGCUUUGCCCGCCACUCAGAUUUUAUUCGGCAUAAUAGAACCCACACUGGAGAAAAACCCUUUGAGUGCAAAGAGUGCGGGAAGGCCUUUUGUAACAGCUGCUCUGUAACUCGACACAUGAGGUCUCAUUCUGGGGAGAAGCUCUAUGAGUGCAGUGAGUGUGGAAAGACCUACAGCUACAGCUCAACCCUCAAUACUCAUCAAAAGAUUCACAGUGGAGUAAAAUCCUACAAAUGUAAGAGAUGUGGGAAGGCCUUUCACCAGAAGGCAGCCCUCAGUCAGCAUCAGAGAACUCAUACUGAGUUCUUUUUAAAAUUCAUUAUCUAUGAAACAGGAAUGUUGACUGAUGCACCUCACAAGGCGUUUAUGCAGGUCAAAAGAAAUAACGACUGUGGCUGCUUGCCGGCUCACGGACCUAUUGGCUGGCGGUACCGGGCGUGGCACGGGGCGCCCUGCUGCGAUGGCAUGAUCUAG